AUGUGUUCUCUUGUUCCAGAUGAGCUGGUGCAGACAGAAGAGCCCCCUCUGUGUGCAGCUCACAUCGGCUCAGAGCUCCAGAAGCAGUUUGCCUUUCGACCAGGAGGCCGAGGUCUGAGUGGAGCAGCCAUAAUUGUCCUUCCAGAGUUCCCAGAAUUCCACCAACUUCAACAAGAAGAACUCCACAAUGUGCUGUGGUACCUCACCUCUAUCUCCAGAGUGGCGGCGUGCGGUUUCAUCCUGGUCAUCGACAGACGGUCAGACCGAUGGGCCGCAGUCAAGAACACGCUGCUACGGAUCACAGAGUGUUUUGGAGAGGGGCAGGUCCAGGCCGUGCUCGUGCUCAGACCCACUGCGCUGCUGCAGAGGACGCUCUCCGACUUUCUCUUCAAGUUCAACAAGGAUGACUUCAAAAUGAAGGUGGUGCUGUUGAGUUCUGUGGCAGAGUUACACGCCUACAUCGCCCCAGAACAGUUGACUACUGAGCUGGGAGGGCAUCAGGAGUACAACCACGAGGGCUGGAUCUCCCACCGGACGGCAAUAGAAGCGUUCGCCCUGAUGGUGAAGACCACGGCUCAGACUCUGCAGGCGUUUGGAACAGAACUGGCAGAAACCGAGCUUCCAAACGAUGCCGACCAAACCACAGCUCUGCUCAGCAUGCACCAGGAGAAGAAGGAGCGCAUGAAGGAGGACCUGCAGGUGGCGCUCUCUCAGGGACACCGGCUGCUGCUGUGCAUAAACGAGCCACUUCAGGUCGACCCCGAGUACGACAUGAGCCAAGACGAGAUGGAGAACCUGGUGACAGUGCAGAGGUUGCUGGGGCAGCUGGAUGAGACCCAAACGGCCUUCGAGGAUUUCUGGGAGAGACACCAAAGCAAACUGCAGCAGUGUCUGCAGCUGCGCCAUUUUGAGACCAGCUUCAGACACAUCCGGUCUCAGCUGGAAUCAGUCUGGUCUCGUUUAUCCAGUUUCUCUGAGGUCACUGUGAGUCCGGCUCAUGCUGAACACGUGCUGAGCGAGCUCUCUGGGAUCGAAGACUCGUCUGCGGAGGUCCUGGACCUGGCCCUGGUCCUGGUCUCAGAGGGGGACUUCCUGGUCUCCUGCUCUCACUAUGCAGAGGAUUCCAUUCAGCCCAAGUGCAGCGAGCUCCGAGCGGCGAGCGAUGACAUCAUCAGUGUUCUGCAGAAGAAGAAGAAGAACUUACUGCGAGCAAGGGAUCUACACCGAGCUCUGGAGAAGGCGGCGCUAUGGUGUGAUGAGCUGGUCUUCCUGCUGGCGUCGCAGCCUGUGGACCGCGUACAGUCCCAGGAGGGGGCACAGGGGGCACUGCAGGAGCUGGAGCGCUUCAUGGAGACCAGAGACUCACACACUCUGGAGAGUCACAGCGCCCUCUGCCUGCAGUACCAGGAACUGCUCUCUCCACACAUACAGGAACAAAUAGAGAAGGUUUUCCAGAAGCAGACGUCGGUGCAGGAGAUGUUCGACAAACGUAGGAUUUCUCUCAAGAAACUGGCAACGAAGCAAACAAGACCAGUGCAACCAGUGGCCCCCAGACCAGAAGUGAAGUCCCCCCAGACAUCCCCCAUUCCCCAGAGGAAGGAGAGGAGGUUUUCUGCAGACAGCGCCAUCUGUAAAAAGGUGGAGUCUGCGGUGAACGGAAACACGCGGCACGCUUCUCUGUCGGAGGAGGAGGAGAACCUGGCUGUGCUCCGGAGACACGUGAUGAACGAGCUGUUGGACACAGAGCGGGCUUAUGUGGACGAGCUGCUGUGUGUGUUAGAGGGGUACCUGGCACAGAUGGAGAACCCGGCCCUCUCCCCCCUCCUCCCCCCGUCUCUGGUCUCCAAGAAGGACGUUCUGUUUGGGAACAUGACAGAGAUCUACCACUUCCACAAACGGACGUUCCUGAAGGAGCUGGAGUUCUACAGCGACUGCCCCGAGCUGGUGGGACGCUGCUUCUUACAGAGAAUGCAGGAGCUGCAGGUCUAUGAGGCGUACUGUCAGAACAAACCUCGCUCUGAAAGUCUGUGGAGACAGUUCUCCGACUGCGCCUUCUUCCAGGAGUGUCAGAAGAGGCUGGAACACAAACUAGGACUGGACUCAUAUCUGCUGAAACCAGUGCAGAGGAUCACCAAGUACCAGCUGCUGCUGAAGGAGAUGCUGAAGUACAGUAAAGGCUGUGAUGGAGCAGACGACCUGCAGGAGGCGCUCUCCUCCAUCCUGGGGAUCCUCAAAGCUGUGAACGAUUCCAUGCAUCUGAUCGCCCUCACAGGAUACGAGGGAAACCUCUCGGACUUGGGCAGGCUCCUGAUGCAGGGCUCCUUCAGUGUUUGGACAGAACAUAAAAAAGGACACGCUAAAGUCAAAGAUCUGGCUCGGUUCAAACCCAUGCAGCGACACCUGUUCCUCCACCAGAGGGCGCUGCUGUUCUGCAAGAGACGGGAGGAGAGCGGAGAGGGCUAUGAGAAGGCUCCCUCCUACAGCUUCAAGACCUCUCUGAGUAUGAGUGCUGUGGGGAUCACAGAAAACGCCAAAGGAGACAAUAAGAAGUUUGAGAUCUGGUGCAACUCCAGAGACGAGGUCUUCAUAGUGCAGGCGCCGUCAGCAGAGGUGAAAACAUCGUGGGUAAAUGAGAUCCGGAAAGUUCUGACCGAGCAGCUGCACGCCUGCAGAGAAGCCCGUCAGCAGAAGAGCUGUGACAUCAUCUCUCCAGUGUCCAGCCCUGUCUGCCUCAGCCCCUUUAGAAACGUCCAGAAAAACCUAAAGAACAAAGAGGAAAAGAGAUCAGAGGCGACGACAGCAGAGUCCAGCUGCUCCUCCCCCAAACACAAAGCUCCAGAGGAGGUGACCAGCCCGACAGGAGACCGUGUCGUGGCCAAGAAACGCUUCACUUUACAGGGCUUCGGGAAAAGCCCAAAAGUGGUGAGCCCAGAACACUCGCCCAAACUCCUGCUGAAAAGUGACCCCGCCCCUUUUGGUGUCAAAGGUUUGGCGAAGCCUUCGGUGUCGGUGGACGUGUGUGAAGAGAACGAUGAAUUUUCGAGCGGAGAAGAACCACUGAACUCAGACACAGAGGAAGAGGGGACCAAGAAACUGGCUCCUGGACGGUAUACAGUUCUCUCGGAUUGUGAUAAAUCUCUGGAUCUCGGUGUGAAGACCGGAGACACAGUGCAGCUGAUCCGGGAAGGAGAGCAGGGAAUGUGGUUUGUGAAGAACCUCCGCAGCAGCAGGGAGUCCUGGGUCCCAGCGGAAAACCUGCUGAGUCUGAUCCAUCAGUCCAAGUCCUCCCAGUCGCUGAGCAGCUCUGACUGCAGCGUCCCAUAUUUCUUUCUUGGCAGAGGGAGAACAGCAGCCUCUGGUCCCAGGUCCUGCAUCUGUGAGGAGGAGGAGGAGGAGGAGGAGGAGGAAGGCACCAUGCCCAAACCGAUCAAUGUGCGAGUCACCACCAUGGACGCGGAGCUGGAGUUUGCCAUACAGCCCAACACCACUGGCAAGCAGCUCUUCGACCAGGUGGUGAAGACCGUGGGGCUGAGGGAGGUCUGGUUCUUUGGCUUGCAGUACGUCGACAGUAAAGGCUACAGCACGUGGCUCAAACUGAACAAGAAGGUAACACAACAGGAUGUGAAGAAGGAAAACCCUCUGCAGUUUAAGUUCAGGGCAAAGUUUUUCCCUGAGGAUGUGUCGGAAGAGCUGAUCCAAGAGAUCACACAGAGGCUCUUCUUCCUCCAGGUGAAGGAGGCGAUUCUCAACGAUGAGAACUACUGUCCCCCAGAGACCGCGGUGCUGCUAGCCUCAUACGCCGUUCAGGCCAAAUACGGAGACUACAGCAAAGAGCUGCAUAAGCCUGGGUACCUGUCCCACGACCGCCUGCUGCCCCAGAGAGUAUUGGAGCAGCACAAACUGACCAAAGAGCAGUGGGAAGACCGGAUCCAGACCUGGCACGAGGAGCACCGAGGCAUGCUGAGGGAGGACUCGAUGAUGGAGUACCUGAAGAUCGCUCAGGACCUUGAGAUGUACGGCGUCAACUACUUUGAGAUCAAGAACAAGAAGGGGACCCAGCUGUGGCUCGGGGUGGAUGCACUGGGACUGAACAUCUACGAGCACGAGGACAAAUUGACGCCAAAGAUUGGUUUUCCCUGGAGUGAAAUCAGAAACAUCUCCUUCAACGACAAGAAGUUCACAAUCAAACCCAUCGACAAGAAAGCUCCGGACUUUGUGUUUUACGCGCCACGUCUGCGCAUCAACAAGCGCAUCCUGUCGCUGUGUAUGGGAAACCACGAGCUCUACAUGAGGAGGAGGAAACCAGACACCAUCGAGGUCCAGCAGAUGAAGGCACAGGCCAGGGAGGAGAAGCACCACAAGCAGAUGGAGAGGGCCCAGCUGGAGAACGAAAAGAAGAAGAGGGAACUGGCCGAGAAGGAAAAGGAGCGAAUUGAACAAGAGAAAGACGAGCUGAUGGAGCGACUGAGACAGAUAGAAGAGCAGACUAUGAAGGCCCAGAGAGAACUAGAAGAGCAGACUCGUAAAGCUCUGGAGCUGGAGCAGGAGAGGAGGAGGGCGAGAGAAGAAGCCGAGAGGCUGGAGAGGGAGCGACGCAGCGCAGAGGAGGCUAAAGCUGAGCUAGCUAAGCAGGCGGCGGACCAGCAGAAGAACCAGGAGACUCUGGCGGCAGAGCUGGCAGAGUUCACGGCAAAGAUUGCUCUGCUUGAAGACGCCAAGAAGAAGAAGGAGGACGAGGCAACGGAAUGGCAACACAAGGCCCUCUCGGCUCAGGAGGACUUGGAGAAGACGAAAGAGGAGCUGAAGACGGCGGUGGCGGUAGUGCCGAUUCACACGGAGGCUGACCAUGACGAGCAGGAUGAGAACCACGCGGAAGCAAGCGCAGAGUUGUCCAACGAAGGAGUGAGUCAUGUGGACCUACGGAGCGAAGAGGCCCGGAUCACAGAGGCCCAGAAGAAUGAGAGGGUCAAGCAGCAGCUGCAGACGCUGAGUUCGGAGCUCGCUGAGGCUAGAGAUGAAACCAAGAAAACUCAAAACGACGUCCUGCACGCCGAGAACGUGAAGGCGGGACGCGACAAGUACAAGACGUUGAAGCAGAUCCGGCAAGGCAACACCAAGCAGCGCAUUGACGAGUUUGAGUCCAUGUGA